AUGUCAAAUUCAGAUACCGAAAAAGAAUCAAGCUGUAUCACAGCAUUUCCCGACGAUGAAGGUUUUACGAAAUCAUUUUCUAUAAAAGAAAACACUGGGUUUAUGGAAUUCUUCCAAAAAUAUGGUUUUGUUGUGAUACGUGACAUUGUCGAUUCUCAAUCACAAAUAGAGAACACAGUUGAUGAAAUUUGGAAUUUACUUCGAGUAUUGAAUUCAAAAAUCGAUAAAAAUGAUAGUUCAACAUGGGAAGAUACUAAUUGGCCUAUUCAAAUGGGUCUUAAAGACGGUGGUUUUAUAUCACAUAUGUCUGAUGUGGCAACUAAAAUGUGUUGGGAGAACCGACAACAUCCAAAUAUCGUCAAAUUAUUUCAAAUUCUUCUUCAACAAGAUGAUCUUUGGGUUAAAUUUGAUCGAUACGGAUUUAUGCGGCCAACAAAAGAUAUUCCUUUUACAAAUAAGGAUAAUAAUUCCAUAACGAUCGAAGAUAGACCAGAAUGGCGUUCAAAACCCAAUUGGUUACACUGGGAUCAAAAUCCAUGGAAACAUCCUGACUUUAUGGGUAUACAAGGUCUUUUAGCAUUAAGCGAUACAAAUCCAAAUACUGGCGGAUUUCAUUGUGUUCCCGGUUUUACGCAUCGUUUCAAACAAUGGUCGAUUGAUAAUGAACAGGCUCAUCGAUCCCGUGGUGGACUUGUCAAUGUUCCUUCGGAUGAUCCAAUCAGGAAUGAAGUCAAACAAAUUCAUGUUCGAAAAGGUUCUUUUGUCGCUUGGGAUUCGAGAUUACCUCAUGGGAACUUUCCAAAUAACAACAAUCAGUUUCGAAUUGUUCAGUAUAUUGCGUUCGAACCAGCGAAAGAAAAUGACGAACGAGAAUUAACAAGUCGAAUUGAUGCGUUUCAUAUGCGAAGAUUGUGUUCGAAAGCUGAUGAACAACUUACUGGAUUUCCUGAACCACAAUUAACAGAAUUAGGUGAAAAGAUCAUCGGUAUCAGAAGUUGGAAAACGAACGAAAAAGUGAAAAGUUCUUUUGAAUAA